AUGCGAGGCGCAGCGCGGACGAGAGGAAAGAAAGCGGACUGCGAAGCGCCGAGGGGGAGGGUAGGCGCCCGAGCUGAGAUGAGCCGAAGAAAGUCUCCGAGACGGGAGAGGCGCCUUCCAAAACAAUCGGGAGCGCCUAGGCGAGGCGCAGCGCGGACGAGAGGAAAGAAGGCGGACUGCGAAGCGCCAAGGGGAAGGGUUUUCGCCGAAAAGGAUUUUGGGGGAGGAGGAAAAGUGAAUGGUGGAAGGAAGGGAAGGAUUUAA